AACUGAUAAAGCUAAAAAACAAAUCAAAUAUAAAACUCAUUAGUUCUGUGAUAUUUACGUUUCUCUUGUUUUGUUCGCUCGAUAUUUACGUUAAUAUUGUGAUAUUGGAUUAAAUUGGAAAUGGCGAAUAAAGUCACCAGAAUCCCAGGACAGAGACCAGAGAUAUGGAAUUAUAUAUAUCGUCAAUUUAAACACUAUAUCGAUAAAACCGUGACAUUUGCGGGUAGAACAUGUUUCCGCUGUGCUUAUCGACGUAACGAAGUUGCCAUUUGGGAAUUGCCGGAUGGUACUGUCAUUGAAAAUGGAAAGACACACCGCCAUGCUGCAGAUGUUGAGGCUAUGCAGCGCAACGAAUUCCUAAUAGAAAUGAAUGAGGCUAUUCGUGCCGGGGGGACAUUACAAAGUGUAACGCACCAUUUGGCUGAGAGAUUCCAUCACUUCCAAACAUAUAAUGCGAUACGAAUGAAAGUUCGUCGUGCUAUGCCUCCUACCAGUAUUCCAAUAGAGCUGGAUCAUUUUGCUAACUGCAUAAAAAAUUGCGGCUCUGAGGAUAACUGUGAUCUCUACAAUAAAAGCCGAAUCCGACGUCAUCAUCAAUCGAGUCGCGACGGUACUUCCGGAUCCAUGGAAUGCUGACAUCCUCACUAUUCAUCUUGUGAGAAGAAAAGGCGACUUAUCCUCGACAUACGGUUGUUUCAUUGCCUAUCUAAAAAUGUGGCUGUACAUGUGGACCCAGCGCCACAUGUACAUCUUACCUUUUUGUGUCGACAGUUGGAUCCCUGCACACCGGUGCUCUCAACGUUUGGAAAUUCUCUCUACUGUUCAUCAUUUGUACAUUUGUAAAAGUACAAACGGAGCCCCCCCAAUUUGACUGCAUAUUCGAAGCAGAUUGACGCCCCGAGGAGUGUAGUAACAUUUUUUUCGUGUGUAGUCACAUCAUUAGGCCAGAAUUCAUUUUUUAAAUACCCUAAGUAUCAAGAAUGGAAUGUAAUGCAUUCUAGUAAACACGUGUUAAUAGUUUGUGAGGAACAAAUAUUUUUUAACGAAUAACUUCGCGAAUUACAUUAUAUUUUGUAAUUCAA